AUGAAGCCGGCGCGGCUGCUGCUGCUGCUGAGCGGGUGCGCGCUGCUACUGGCGCCGGCCGUGCGCGGCUGCGGGCCGGGCAGGGUGGUGGGCAGCCGCCGCCGCCCGCCCCGCAAGCUCAUCCCGCUCGCCUACAAGCAGUUCAGCCCCAACGUCCCUGAGAAGACGCUGGGGGCCAGCGGCCGCUACGAGGGCAAGAUCGCGCGUAACUCGGAGCGCUUCAAGGAGCUCACGCCCAACUACAACCCCGACAUCAUCUUCAAGGACGAGGAGAAUACCGGCGCCGACCGGCUUAUGACCCAGCGCUGCAAGGACCGCUUGAACUCCCUGGCCAUCUCUGUCAUGAAUCAGUGGCCAGGGGUGAAGCUGAGGGUGACGGAAGGCUGGGAUGAGGAUGGGCACCACUCAGAGGAGUCGCUGCAUUACGAGGGCCGAGCUGUGGACAUCACAACCUCAGACAGAGACCGCAACAAGUACGGCAUGCUGGCUCGCCUGGCUGUGGAGGCUGGCUUUGACUGGGUCUACUACGAGUCCAAAGCACACAUCCACUGCUCUGUCAAGUCAGAGCACUCGGCCGCUGCGAAGACAGGGGGCUGCUUUCCUGGGAGGGCACUGGCAACGCUGGAGGACGGUGCCCAGACGCCACUGUGGGCACUGCGGCCGGGCCAGCGAGUGCUGGCAAUGGACGGGGCGGGCAGGCCCACCUACAGUGACUUCUUGGCUUUCCUGGACAAGGAGCCCCGUGCCCUCACCACCUUCCAUGUCAUCGAGACGCAGGAGCCACCCCGGCGCCUGGUCCUGACGCCCACCCACCUGCUCUUUGUGGCGGAGAACGCUUCAGCACCCACCGCCCACUUCCGCCCCAUCUUUGCCAGCCUUGUGCGCCCUGGACAUUUCGUGCUGGUGGCAGCAGGGGGAGGCUUGCAGCCUGCCAAAGUGGUGGGGGUGCGGGACCGAAGGGACGUGGGAGCCUAUGCCCCACUGACACGCCAUGGGACACUGGUGGUGGACGGUGUGGUGGCCUCCUGCUUCGCCCUGGUGCAGGAGCAACAGCUGGCGCAGCUGGCCUUCUGGCCACUCCGGCUCUACCACAGCCUGGUGGGGUGGCCAGGGGCACAGGGGGAUGGUGUGCACUGGUACUCAGGGCUGCUCUACCGCCUGGGCAGGCUGCUCCUACCCCCCGACAGCUUCCACCCACUGGGGGUACCCCGGGCGGAGAGCUGAGGGUGCACCACAGCUGCGGCCAGCACUGCUGGUGGAGGUGGUGGCUGCAGGGUGACCUGGAUGCCCAUGGGGAGCUGCCUCCAGCCCUGCCUACUUGGGGUACAGCCACCUCCUGGUCAGGGGGCACUGAGGCUCCCCAGCUUGCCUACUCCAUGCCCAGUACCCCCUCCCCUCCUGUUCCUGGGGGCAGGGGGGAGGCAUGAAGGGUUUCCCCUGGGACAUGGGGAUGCCCCAGCUGGAUCCACAUGCUGCUAUGGUUGUGUGUGUGUGUGUGUGUAUGAGAUGUGUGUGUGCAUGGGCUGAAUUAGCUAAUGAUGGAGGUCUGAUCAAGGAGUGGGGGCUGGAAGAGGAGUGAGCCGUGGCUGCUCCUCCGGGACUCCCAGACUGUCUACACCCUGUGGGGAGGCUUUGGGAGAGGGGCCUUGGGCCCCUUUGCUAGGCAACCUGGGUGGGAGGGCAGGCAAUGCUGUUUCCACCUCUGGGACAUGGUAGAUAGGAAGACGGUGGUCCAGGUACUGGGACAGCUCUGGCGUGAAAGCUCUGUCUUGGUGACACAAGUGCCACUGGAGUGAUAGACUGGGGAGUGGGAUGUCAAACUCUGCGCAAAGUGAGCACUGUAGCCACCCAGUUGGUCAUGCCCACGGGGCUCCUGUGACAGCAUGGAGGGCUCUGGCUGCGAAGAGGGGGCUGCUGAGGCAAGCACAUGGGCAGGAGGGUGCAAGUGUCAGCCGGAUAUGGGCACACACUAGUAGGAGUAGGGGUGGGGAGAGCAAGGGCUGCAGCCCCAGUCUGCUGGAGCCUGGGGAAAGAAAGCGGCAGGGAAGAAAGCGGUCCCUCCCUUGCCUUCCCAGCAUCCUGCUCUGAGCUGGCUUAGCCCAAAAGCCUGUCCCACUGCAAAGCUAAAAAACUCCUCAAGCUUCAGACCCUACCUAGCCUGACCUCCACAACCCACCAGUACCCCAAAGCCUCAGGGUAACUCAUUGCUGCUCACCCACUCCUGGGACCUGCAGGGAGUUAGAGCUGUGGCCACAGUUCCCCCCCUCCAAAUCCCAGCUGGAGCCUCAGUCUCCCCUAGCUCCACAUUAGCAAAGGUGAGAGGGCUGAGGGGGACUCUGACCCACAUUCCCCCUGCAGCAUCACGCAUCUUUAUUUAUUUAUCUGCUCUUUGUAUGUACCAUAGAGGCAGCGUGGGCGCAUGCAGGCUGAGAUGGGAGUGGUGGGGGGAAGGCUGUUUGGUUGGGGGGGUAUUUUUUUUUUAAACAAAAAGCAGAAAUUAUUUAAAGAUUAUUUUAAAGCACAGCUUUUUUGGUGAUUGUUGUCCAAGACGAAGUGAGGGAGUGCGAGCAUGGCCGACAGCAGGUGUAUUUUUGUCUCUUCACUGGAUGUACCUUUCCUUGUUAGGGACAUGGCCCAAUAAAUCCAUCAUCUCCCAGGCGGGAGCUCUGAGCUCUGGUGUGGAGAGGGCAGGCAGAGAUCAGGGAUGCUUAAUGCGCCCAUCGUAGCUGGAGGCUGUGGGUUUGACCCAGGGUACAUGGGACCAAACUGUUAUUGAGGCCACCUGGAAACUAGGGCAAGAGGGGCAGGAUGUAAUAGGUAUGGCCAAUGCAGGACUACCAGGACACCUCUCCAUCCCAGUUUGGACCCAUCACCCCAGCACCCAUCCGUGCUGGGACACCUUUCCCCGCCAUUCCUAUCACCACUACACCCAUCAACCCAGUCCUACCAGAGAAGAUGGACCCCAUACCCUGUAGACAGGGUUUCCAAUGUCGCUAGUGCUAGUCACUGCUGACUGUCCCCUAACCCUCUGUCAGCCCUCUCACCCCUCUACCACAUCCCCAUGCCAGCAGAAGGGAAGAUCACCAGCCAGCACCCCACAGUGUAUCCCCAUACCUGUCCCACCCACACACCCUUCUGUGCACCCCCUGCUCCAUCUCCAAGCUGCCCUGCCUUGGUAUCUUGGGUGGGGCUGGGAGCGAGGUCCCCUCAGGGCUUUCCCUGGACCCCACAGCAUGGUAAGUGCUAAGCAAUUCCACAGCAGGCUGUCAGUGAGGGCCCUCAUCACCAUGGCUAAUUUAAGGGCACUGUGAGGCGGCUUAGCUAAUUUAAUUAGGUUCUUAUUACAGAGAAGGACAAAUUGGUCCCCAUGGGGGCCAUGGGGUCAAGCUUUUGAGAGGCACUUUAUGGAGUGAAAUUUCAAUCAAGUUGUUGUCGCAGACAGGGGGAGCUGGAGGCAGAGGAUUCAUAAGGAGAGGAUAUGCUCUUUGGGAGGCCUGGUGGUGGUGUGGGGCAAUCAUCUCCAUGCUCCAGUGAGCGUGUCAGAAGAACUCUGCCGCAUUAGGAGGAUGCUGCAGGUAUAUGGGGGGCUCCUUUGGAGUGGAGGCAGGAAAAAGUGGGGCAGGAAAAGCUCCUGGCUCUCAGCUGGCCCCAAGGCAGCAAGAGGAAGAGUGGGACACCCUUAAGUAAGAUUCUGCAGUCUUUCUGAGGCUCCAUUAACUCCCCCACAGCCCCAUAACCCCCCAUGGUGAGGAUGUUGAGGGUAAAAUGAUGUCCAGCU